AUGGAUCACGUCGACGACGAGGUGUUCCAGCUCUGCCGCUUCGACCUCUCCCCACUGGAGGCCGUCACGUACUACCUCCCGCGCCUGCUCUCCGGCGAAGCCCUCAACGGCGCCGAGCGCCUCAUCCACCGCGCCGACAUCUACGGCAACCUCGAGCCCGAAGACCUCGCCGCCGCCUUCCCGCCGGCGCCCAAGGCCGAGCGCACGGGCGACCGCUUCCUUUUCACGCUCUGCAAGCACCAGAAGGGCAGCCGCAGCCGGAGCGCGCGCGCCGCCGGCGCCGGGACGUGGACGAUCCAGACGACGGACGUCGUGGUGGAUCAUGCCGGCGUCAAGGUCGGCGAGGUGAAGCACCUCAGCUUCAAGAAGGGAAUCAACAAGGACAAGACGUCUCCUGGAUGGGUCAUGGAGGAGUACCACUGCUUGUUGCCGGAAGCCGUCGUCGAGGACGGCGAGAUGGUGCUCUGCAAGAUCCAUCUCUCUCUCAGCGCCCAAAAGGCUCGCCGAGGUUCCGCCGCACAUCGCUCUGGGAGCCAAGAACAAGAAGAUCAGCCGGCCCCAAUGCCAGUAGCAACAGCAAAGAGGCCAGCGCCCGCGGCGUCCGAUCAUGAUCUGCCGUCCGCGAAACGCGCGCGAGUGGAUGCACAAGACGAGGCCACGGUGGAAGCCGCCGCCGACUACAUGGAUGGCCGGUUUAGCUGCACGAUGGACGAACUUCUUGGUGGAGCCACAGAUGAGGAUCAGGAGGAGGAGGCCCCCGCGCUUCCGGCCGGCGAAGCAGCGCAACAGAUCGUCGACUUCGACUUCGACCUUCCGGUGCUGGAUGAAGACGCACUGAGCGAGAUUGUGCUCAGCCUUGACGACGCGCCGAUGAGCUUACCGGCCGUCGAAGCAGAGCAGCCGAUCGCGAGUGAUGAGGACUUUGACUUCGAGUUUCCGACAGCGGAAGAACUGAACGCGAUGUUCUCCGACGUGGAGGACUGGCCGCUGAGCUUUGCAGCGGACGGCGAUUUCAUCAGACUAUCAAUAGUCAAGCCGGCCGGACUCCGGGAGACGCGAAUGCCGAGGAAGAACCGCAAUGGCCCUAAGUCCUUCAUGGAGAACUCAGAGCGCAGCUGGGCGGUGACCAUGCGCAGCAGGGCGUCGGAUGAGGCUGUGAGGACAAUGUCGUCGACGUAG